GCGACCCACGCGCGCGCGCGGUGCUUAGCACCAUGGCCCCAACGAACUUAUUAAACUUCAAGGGGUUGAGGAUGCGCAUCAAACCCGCGCUCCGCCCGUUCAGCGCGCAAGCGAAGGCGCCGAGCAGCCCCGCUCGUAAACCUAACGGGUCCCCGAGGAAUCACCGGGAGAAUCGACGCGUUUUCAGCAAACGCGUCUUCGCGCAACGGCGCACGCCGCAGCGGUACGCGCUGAACUUGCCCGGGUACCUCGAGCCCGGCGGAUGCGCUGUCAUCGGGCACAGAGGCGACGGCAUGAACCGCUGCAGCGGCAGCGGCAUUCGCGAGAACACGGUCGCGUCAUUCAUCGCGGCGAGAGACGCGGGCGCGUCCUGGGUCGAGUUCGACGUGCAGGUCACCAGAGACGGCGUCCCGGUGUUGUGGCACGACGACGUCAUGCUCGUGAAGCGCGGAGUGGGCGAGGUGGAGUCGCACAGAAUACGCGACUUGACGCUCGCGGAAAUCAAGGCGCUCUCGCGCGACGCGAUGGCGACCGCGGCGAGGACGCGCGAGGAGGAGGCGAAUCGGAAUAUAAUGCCCGACCGCUGUUCCGGUUCAGAGAACCGUUCCCAGCCUUUGGAGCGCUCCAGCUCGACGGAAUAUUCCGAAAUCUCGCAGACGCACGUCGUCUUCUACCGCCGUUUCCCGGUCGGAUACGGCUCCGUCCGCGCCCCCGAGCCGGAGCCGUGGGUCAUGGACAUCGAAGGUCCGAUCACGACCCUGGAAGAGCUCUUCAACGACGCGCCGAAGAGCCUGGGGUUCAGCGCCGAGCUCAAGUUUAACGCUUCGAACCCCGCGGACGAAGAGACGAUGCGCGGCGACCUCGGCGCCAUCCUCGCGGUGUGCCGCGCGCACCCGACGCGACGGAUGAUGUUCUCGUCGUUCGACCCGGACGCGGCGUGCAUCAUGCGCGAAAUGCAGGAUCACUACCCGGUCAUGAUGCUCAGCGACUGCGACGCGGGCGCGACGGAUCCGCGGCGGCGGAGCGUCGCCGCCGCCGUCGACGUCGCGUUGGACAAUCGACUCAGCGGCCUCGUGCUCAACGUCAACGUCCUGUCCUCGAACGGCGGGAACAAGGCGAUGGACCCGACCGCGCGCUCGAUCGCGGACGACGUCCGAGGGAAAGGUCUGUACCUCGGGACGUACGGCAAGGCGAACGACGACGCCGAGUUUGUCGUCAGACAGGCGGAGUGGGGCGCGUCGUACGUGUGCACCGACGCGGUGGGACGCGUGACGAGGGAGUUCCACGACUCGCCCGCCGCCGCCGCGCUUCGCGUCUCGCGCCCGAGCUCGCCGACGAUGAGCGAUCACGGCCACGGGCACGGGCGGUCGUCGAGGCGGCAGCGCCCGCGGUCCGCGCCGUCGUCGAGGCAUCAGCACCAUCGCGAGACGUCGCGACGCGCGGAGGCGGCGGCGCGAAGAGCCGUCGUGGAGCUCGCGUUGGAAAUUUCCUCCGCCGCCGCGUCGGCGGCGGCGGAGACGGUGAGCGCCGGCGGCGGGGUGUCGCUGAAAGCGCUCGCGCGCGGGCGCAAGGUGGCGGCGGGAGGCGUCGGCGGCGGGCAUGGGCGCGCGUCGAUGCGCGGUCGGUCUCAGUCGAUCGUCGUCGCGCGCGGCAGGAGAGGGAUGCUCGGGACGAUCAUGGACGAGGGCGUCGAGGGCGCCAAGGCGGACGCGUCGUCGUCGUCGUCGUCGUCGUCGUCGUGUCCGUGCGGCUCGUCGUCGCCGUACGUCUCGUGCUGCGGCGCGCUGCACGAGAACGGCGGCGGCGAGCCGAGCGCGAUCGUCCGCGCGCGGUUCAGCGCGUACGUCAAGAACAUCCCGCAGUACGUCGUGGACUCGACGCACCCGGAGAGCGGCGACUUGCGACGCGUCGACGCCACCGCGGAGGUUCCCGACGCCGGGCGAGAGCGGCUGUUGCGCGACGCGAAGCGGACGAUGUCGUCCGUGACGUUCAAGUCGCUGCGAAUACGCGACGUCGCGGACGGCGCGGGGGAGCACGAGAAGUUCGUGACGUACGAGGUGGCGUACAAGGCGAGCGGGAAGAAGAACAGAGGCGGGGCGAAGACGCUCGCGGAGCGGUCGCGGUAUCGGCUCGUCGCGGAGACGGGCGAGUGGCGAUUCGUGGACGCGACGCCGCUGAACUCGAACGAGCUGUGAAGGAUAGGAGGAGGGGAAGGAUCUUAUUGGCGAAUGUUUUUAUACUCGUCGACGUGCGAGACGACGGACGGAGGAGACGCGAGCGACGGGCGGCUCGAUGUACGAUAGUAGCGACUUAGCUUUAUUAAACGGGCGCGACUCGCGAAGGGGGCAAGCGCCACCCUCAUCAACUG